GUGGGGUCGAUGCCCCCGGCGGCGCGGCGCUGGGGAGGCGAUGGCGCCGGCCGUGUCCAGGCUGCGGGCCGAAGCCGGGCUCUGGGCGCUCCCGCAACGGGCGCUCGCCCAGUACCUGCUUCUCCUGCGGCUCUACCCGGUGCUCACCAAGGCGGCCACCAGUGGCGUUUUGUCAGCACUUGGGAACUUCCUGGCCCAGAUGAUUGAGAAGAAGCGGAAAAAAGAAAACUCUGGAAGUCUAGAUGUCGGUGGGCCUCUGAGAUACGCUGUUUAUGGGUUCUUCUUCACAGGGCCGCUGAGUCACUUCUUCUACCUCUUCAUGGAACAAUGGAUCCCUCCGGAGGUCCCCCUGGCAGGGCUCAGGAGGCUCCUCCUGGACCGCCUCGUCUUUGCACCGGCCUUCCUCAUGUUGUUCUUCCUCAUCAUGAACUUUCUGGAGGGGAAAGACGCCUCAGCCUUUGCUACCAAGAUGAGGGGGGGCUUCUGGCCAGCGCUAAGGAUGAACUGGAGGGUGUGGACGCCAGUACAGUUCAUCAACAUCAAUUACAUCCCUCUGAAGUUCCGGGUGCUCUUCGCCAACCUGGCAGCUCUGUUCUGGUAUGCCUACCUGGCCUCCCUGGGGAAGUGACAACCGCUGGAAGAACAUCAGAUGCACUGUGGACAUGGGUCUGGGGGUCUCACGCGCCCAGCGAGAGCAGAACCAACCCAGUCAGGAUGUCACUGCCUCUAAAUCAGGUGAUUCAAGACGCCCGAAAAUGAUGGAUAGAGAAGCAGAUCUCUCAAUGUCAGACUCUCAAUGUCAGACUCUCAGUGUCAGACUCUCAAUGUCAGAACCUUGUGUUUAAAAGGCAGUCGCUGACUUCAGCUGGUGCUGCCCCAGAAACUUAACAUUUAGUAGAGGCAAUUUCAACUGUUACUGUGGACCGAAUUAGGAUCACAAUAAACAAUAAUGUAGGUUCUUCAA